UGUGGGGUGAUGCGGUGCUCUCUCUCUCCGUCUCCCGCCUCCUCCUCCUCCUCUUUCUUCUCUCCUUCCUUCCUUCCUUCCUUCCUUCCUUCCUCCCAUUGAGCGCAAGGCGGUGCUGGCCGAGAGAGAGAAGGAGGAAAUAAAGGGCAGGCAAAGGGGUCUUCCUGGGGGUCCGCUCCCCCAAACGCAGGUUCCCCCUUCGAGAUGGACAACGUCUUGCUCCUGACUGCCUUCCACAUGAUGAUGGUGGAGGACGCUGUUGCGUGAGGUCCAGGGAGCGGUCAGCGGUGGUGUGAUGACCAUGGCGGCCAUGCUGCCCUGGCGCCGGAGCAAGUUCGUCCUGGUGGAAGACGGCGUGGGCAGCGUGGGCGGCGUGGUGCGCAAGGCGAAGAGCCUGGGCCCGGCGCUGAGCUACGGCUCGCUGCUCUCGAACUUGUUGCGCUCCUGCCCGGACCUGUGGCCGGAGUGUCCGUCGUGGCCGCGCUUGGGUGGCCGGCGCCAGAAGGCGGAGCUGAACCCGGAGGAGCCGUCGUGCUCGGCGUGGUACCUGGGCAACGCGGUCACCCUGCAGGCCAAGGGCGAGGGCUGCACCGCGGACGCCGUGGACAAGAUCUGGGCCAAGAGUGACCGCGGCGCACGUGGCACCAAGAUGACGCUCAGCGCCGGGCAGCACGGGCUGCGCAUGAGCCCCGCCAAUGGCACCGCCGAGAAGGACUCCUCGCGCCACCGGGGCCGGCUCAGCCACGCGUACCUCCUGCCGCGCAUCACGUACUGCGCCCCCGACUUGCGCCGUCCCCGGAUCCUCACCUGGGUCUACCGCCACCAGGUCAAGAACAAGGCGGUGGUGCUGCGGUGCCACGCCGCGCUGCUCUCCCGCCCGGAGAAGGCCCGCGCGCUGGCCCGGCACGUGGCGCAGGCGUCGUGCUCCGCCCUCGACGAGUUCAAGCGGCUCAAGCGGCAGAGCGACGCCCGGCAGCGGCACCGGCAGUUGUGGGGAGACGCCGGCGUGCCCGCCGUGCCGCUGCGGAAGCUGCUCAACGGGAAGUGCCCGUACCGCGCGGCGCCCGAGAAGGGACGCAACGGAAACCGUCUCAGCGCCAUCAAAGAGGAGGAAGAAGAGAAGGAGGAGCAAAAGGAGCAGGACGAGGAGGAAUUCGGCCUCUUCCGCCUCGAACGGGCCGAGGAGCGGACCGAAGUGGCGGCCCUGGCGCGGGAAAUGCGCUUCUGCACCUUGCGGGGCCGGCUGCACCGGAGACCAGACACCCCGUGCUUGCCUUGGUGAGGAACCCACAGCCAUUCUUGUUCCCCUUCCGAUAUUAUUCGAGACCGGAACGAACGUUAUGUCUCCACUCGUCGGAUGUGAUCGAUUCCCGCAUCCGAAUUUCUUCAGGUUUCGUGCCGUCUGAAAGCUCGUCAUUGUCCGAUUCAAUCGAUUUCCGCGUCCAAACUUCUUCGGGUUUUUGUGCCAUCCGAAAGCUCAUCAUUAUCGGAUUCGAUCGAUUUCCGCAUCCAAACUUCUUCAGGUUUUCAUGCCGUCGAAAAGCUCGUCGUCGUCAGAUUUCAUCAAUUCCCGCAUUCGAACUUCUUCGGGUUUCAUGCCAUCCGAAACCUCGUUGUUGUCGGAUUUGAUCAAUUCCCAUGUCUGAACUUCUUCGGGUUUUCAUGCCAUCCGAAAGCUCGUCAUUGUCGGAUUCGAUCAAUUCCCGCAUCCAAAUUUCUUCGGGUUUUCGUGCCAUCUGAAAGCUUGUUGUCAUUAGAUUUGAUCAAUUCCCUUAUCUGAACUUUUUUGGGUUUUCAUGCCAUCCGAAAGCCCGUUGUCGUCGGAUUUGAUCAAGUCCCGCAUCCGAAUUUCUUCAGGUUUGGUGCCGUCUGAAGGCUCGUCGUCGGAUUCAAUCGAUUCCCGAUUCCGAACUUCUUUGGGUUUCAUUCCGUCCUAAAGCUCGUCAUUGUCGGAUUUGAUGAAAUUCCCGUAUCUAAACAACUUCGGGUUUUCGUGCCAUCCGAAAGCUCAUUGUCGUUAGAUUUGAUCGAUUCCCAUAUCUGAACUUCUUCGGGUUUCAUGCCACCUCUCGUCGUCGGAUUUGAUUGAUUCCCGCACCCGAACUUUUUCUGAUUUUUCUGAACACUCGUCGUCAUUGGAUGUGAUCAAUUCCCGCGUCCGAACCUUUUCGGGUUUCCGUGCCACCCACCGCCAACCCACCCGUGCCUACGACUUUGGGAAAACUAGCCAUGUCUCAGUCCAGUCGUGUCCAAAUGCCUGGCUUUCUGGACGGCACAAAUUUCGAAAACCCAGACCAACGGCACAGCCAUAUAGACGCUUCUCCGAACACAGAAUAACGGGGGAAAACUCCGAUGUAUAUAUAUAUAAAUCUCAUGUGAAUAUAAUAAUAUAUAUAUCCA